AUGGUCUACCGCUUGAUUUCUUCGAGGCAAGCGGGAGGCCCUCCUCCGGUGCCACCACGGUCACCAGAAUACAUGGCCGAGAACCAGGCCCCGCGAUUGCUGGCAGUGGAGGGAACGCUUUUCGCAUUGGCAAUGAUUACGGUGUUGAUGCGCUUCUAUGUUCGCAUAUUUAUGCUGAAGACCUUUGGCUGGGAUGAUUGGAUGAUGGUGAUCUCGGCGUCCCUUAACAUAAGUUGUUUAGGGCUGUUCGUCAAACUCACCCAUUUGGGGCUCGGACUGCAUGCCGAAGCAUUCCCACUAGGAAACAUCUUGCUCUUCUUCAGGUACAUCUACUUCUACUCGAUCUUGAUCAUCUCUGCGUACAGCUUCAUCAAGCUCUCGAUUGGCUUUUUCUUGCUGCGAUUGGCAGACCGCACGAAAUGGAGGUCGUUUCUGAUUUUCAUGCUGGUCUUCAUUGCCAUGUUUACGAUCGGUUCGACAUUUGCCAUCAUCUUCCAGUGUCAGCCGGUGCGAGCUGGCUGGGAUUAUCAGCUACGGCCACCUACUGGAACCGCCAAAUGCUAUGCCCCAGAUAUCUUCAAGAAUGUCGGAGUUUUCAACUCAUCUAUCAACAUUGCGACUGAUCUUGUCUUCGCGCUCAUCCCUAUACCCAUGGUUUGGAAACUUCAAAUCAACAUGCAGACACGGAUUGGUCUGGCAAUCAUUUUGAGCCUAGGUUUAUUUGCCUCAGCAGUAGCCAUCUACAAAACGCCUAUGCAGUAUAAUUUCUUCAAAGAAACCGAUUGGUCAGGGCGAGGAUCGUGGUACUACAUAUGGCAACAGGUCGAGAUGCACGUUGGUAUCAUCGCAGCCUGUCUGCCAACACUGAAGCCCCUCUUCUCGAACUUCUUCGGCUCACUGCGCACAUUCACCAAAGGUCGCACAAGUCGCACAACUGGCUCUGGCAUCAGCGCACCCUUCAAGUCAAGUGGAUAUGUGAAGCACGCCGAUGACCAAAGCAACGGAAGCUUUGCCAUGAAAAACUUGAGUGACGGCUCGCAAUCUCGAUCAAGGGACCCAUAUGAUGAAGAUGCUGUUCUAGGCAAGGACCCAUUGUAUAGGGCGGAGACAGGAAGGGGAAGGCAUGGCAGGGGCAGAAGUGACGCGGGCGAGAGUGAUGAGAGUAUUCUGAGCCACGAUGGGCCUAACACGCGGAGGAGUUUGCCGAGGGGUAUGGCUAUUGUCAAGACUACGGAAGUUAGUAUUCACCGAUGA